AUGGGAUCCGUUUGACGUUUCUUCCUUCACGUAGCAAGUGGGAGAUCACUCGAGGUGGUUGAGAGUUCGAGCUAUCACGGUUGAUUCCUUGAUGGUUGACCGCGAAUCAAAAUUGAUCAGUCUGACAAUACUUACGGAACGGAAUGAUAAUGUUUAUAUAUAUAUAUAUUACAUGAGUUUCAUAAAAGUAAAAAAAGAUCAGCCUGAGACAGUAAAGUGUGUUUAGCAGAUAGAUUAUAAGAUUACUUUGGAAAAAUGUUUCUGGCGAGAACUAUUAGAAAAUCUGUAGUGGCAGUGAGUCCAAUUAAGCAGCAAUGUAAGUUAUAUUCGUGUCACGUAUCAUCGAGACCUACAGUUCAUCCUACCAUUGCUUUGGGAGCCUUACGAUUCUGCAGUGAUAGUCCACCUAAGUGUUGGAAUUGUGAUUAUAUAUAUAAGUCUGAGUUAUUCUGCUCAAGAUGCAAAGUAUUGCAGGAACUACCGCAGAAUUUAAACUAUUUUGAUAUCAUGGGGAUCAAAAGAAAUUACAAUGUGGCAAAUGAAGAAAUUCAUAGAAAGUAUAGAGAAUUGCAGAAGAUAUUGCAUCCUGACAAAUUUGGUAAUAAAUCUGAGAAAGAAAGGCAAAUCUCAGAGAAGUUAUCAUCUCUAAUAAAUAAAGCUUAUAGUACAUUGGCACAUCCAUUAAAAAGAGGAUUAUAUAUGUUGCAAUUAAAAGGUAUAUCGAUACCAGAAGGCACUACCAACUUGAAUCCAGAAUUUCUCAUGGAGAUUAUGGAACGUAAUGAAGAGAUAGAAAAUGCGAUAGAAGACAAAGACAAGAUCUUGAAAUUCGCCAAAGAAUCUAAAGAAUUGCUCGAUAAACUAUCCAAACAAGUUGCAGAUGCGUUCAAUAAAGAAGAUAUUGAAACUGCAACAAAGAUUUUAAUAAAAAUGAAAUAUUAUGAUACUGUAGAUAAUAGAUUAAAGAAAUUAAAGCAUGAUUUAGGUAUAAUAGAAUAAAUAUAUUGUAGCAUUUAUAGUAAACAAAUAAUUCUUUUUUACAUGAAAAAUUUCAAUAUUUUUGUUUGCACAUAAGAUAAAAAAAUAUGUUUGUUAUAUUGUGUUUUUAUCUGUAUGUACAGAAUAUUGAUCAAUGAAUCUUGGAAUUUGUAUAUAUGUACAGUCAUGUUUUAUCGCAUCGAUAAACUUGUUUAUUUAUAACAAAA